AUGUUUCCAAGAGCACACUUGUCGAUCUUCAAACCGGCUAUUGCACGCUUUGAGUUGCGUAAACGUGGGCUUUUUACAAUGACAACGUCUACUUGGAGACCCCAGGAUCACGUACCGCAAGAAAUAAAAGAUCUGCUUGCUAGUUCCGAUCAAAAUCAUGUUUUGGCUUUUAUGCAUAUUGUAGAACUACUCAAAGUCCAGAAACGGACAGGCUGGCUAGACCACAGAAUAACGGCUUGCGAAAGUAUCGCUGAUCAUAUGUAUCGUAUGGGCAUUACGGCCAUGUUAAUUAAAGAUCCUGCUGUCAACAGAGAUAAAUGCGUGCGUAUCGCUAUGGUACACGAUAUCGCAGAAUCCUUGGUUGGUGACAUUACACCUUUUGAUCCUGUGGGAAAAGAUGAAAAGCAUUUACGAGAGUUGGCUACGAUCAACUAUCUGUGUGAAGAACUGAUCAAACCCUACAAUCCCGUUGCCGCACAGGAAAUUUUGGACGAUUGGCUCGCGUAUGAGAACAUAAGCUCUUUGGAAGCCAGAUACGUCAAAGAUAUCGACAAGUUCGAAAUGCUAGUUCAAUGCUUCGAAUACGAGAAAAGAGCCGGUGGGAAGCGAGACUUGGAUCAGUUUUGGGACGCCAUUAAGAGCAUUAAAACCGAGGAAAUAAAAGGCUGGGCCCACGAUCUAGUUCAGAAACGCGAAGCUUGGUACUCGAAAUUAGGCAAAUGA